AUGGCUUCACAGUCCUUCAGUUUGGCUUCUGUUGAAACUGGCCCCUUAUUCUCUCUCUCUUUCUCUCUUACGAUCCUGGCCUGGCUCAUAGCUGACAUUACUACAAGGACUCAGCAAGGCUGGGUGCUUUUCAAUGAGGCCAUCUACUUAUUCAAUGAGCGGAAAUUGUGGUGGUCAGCGGCCAGAGAGUUUUGUGAGGAUCUACAAUCCGUAUUAACUUCUGUUGAAAAUGAAGCUGAACAGAUAUUCUUAGAAAGCGAAGUCAAAGCUGCAAAACAAGACUUCUGGAUAGGACUCUACUGGAGGAAUGGCUGGAAAUGGGCUGAUAGCCGUGAGUAUGAAAUAAAGCACUGGGCUGCCAAUAUGCCAUUAGAUUCAGCUGAUAACCGCUGUGGCUUUUUACAAAAUCAAUGCCGAGUGCCAACAAAAUGUUGGGGCAACCUUCAGUGCGGAGAAGAAAAGAGGUUUAUUUGCAAGAAGAGGCCCGAUAAAAGGUGGUACUCAUGA